AUUAGAACGUUGCAUUAGACACUCCUUUAUUUUGACAACUUUCAACUUGUUUUACUAAUUUCUUGUGUUGUGUUGGAGAUUUGCUUUACCAUAUGUUUUUUAAUUAAAAUGAGUUCUAUGGAAGAAUUAAAGGAAAAAGUGGCGCAGCUAGAAGCCCAGCUGGCUUCAGCAUUAAAGAAUAAUGCCAACAAGAGGGAAAAAAUUGCUACCAUGUCAUCUGAAGUUGUUGAUAGCAAUCCCUACAGUCGGUUAAUGGCAUUGAAAAGAAUGGGAAUAGUAAAUAAUUAUGAAAAAAUCAGAGAGUACACUGUAGCAGUCGUUGGAGUUGGCGGAGUGGGAAGUGUUACUGCAGAAAUGUUAACUCGCUGCGGCAUAGGAAGGCUACUUCUUUUUGACUAUGACAAAGUUGAAUUAGCGAACAUGAAUAGGCUGUUUUUCCAACCACAUCAGUCUGGCUUAAGCAAAGUUGAUGCUGCAGCAGAAACUCUCAGGAACAUUAAUCCUGAUGUGGAUAUUCUCACUUACAAUUAUAACAUAACUACUGUAGAAAAUUUUGACAACUUUACUGAAGCAUUAACAACAUCAAAUCUGACAAAUGGCCCAGUGGAUUUAGUGCUCAGUUGUGUAGACAACUUUGAAGCAAGGUUCGCAAUUAACACUGCUUGUAAUGAGUUUAAUUUAACUUGGUUCGAAUCUGGAGUGUCUGAAAAUGCUGUUUCAGGACACAUACAGUUUAUUUCUCCUGGAGAAACUGCUUGUUUUGCUUGUGCCCCACCCUUAAUAGUUGCCUCUAAUAUUGAUGAAAAGACUCUAAAAAGGGACGGAGUCUGUGCUGCUAGUUUACCAACUACUAUGGGAAUUGUUGCUGGGUUUUUAGUGCAAAACACUUUAAAGUAUUUGCUUCAAUUUGGACAAGUCAGCAACUACCUAGGAUACAAUGCUCUAAAUGAUUUCUUUCCUACAAUGAAUCUAAAACCAAACCCUAAUUGUGAUGAUAGGAACUGUCAAAAAAGACAAGUUGAAUAUGCAGCAAAACCCAAGCCAGAACAGGCCCAAGAAGCUGUAGAAGAUGAAGGACCAAUUCAUGAAUCGAAUGAAUGGGGAAUAUCAUUAGUUGAAGAGAGCAGGGAUGUAGAGAGACCUUCUAUGCCUGUAGCAGAAGGCUUGACUCUUGCUUAUACCAUUCCUGGGAUGCCAGACACCAACCCAUUGGAACAUGCCCAAGAAGCUACUAACAAUGAUGAUGUUAGUCUUGAGGAACUUAUGAAACAAAUGAAAACCAUUUAAUAAUCAUAUAUUAAGAUUCUUUUUUAUCAUGAAAUGAUAAUAAAUUAUCAGUCUAUGCUUACUCACGCUUCGUUAAUUAAUUUAUGUGUUGGUAUUUUAAUAAAUUGUUUUUAUAUAUA